AUGUUACCUGAGAUAUCUGAUUCAAACAUGCUUUUAUAUUUACCUGAUGAUGUUUUUGCUAUAAUUUCUCGAUCUUUUUCACCUAGAGAUAUAUGUAAUCUGAGUUUAUGCUGCAAGAGCUUGAAUUCUCUUGUGGCUUCUGAGAAAAUCUGGUUGACUCAGUGUGAAGUUUUGGAGAUAGUGUCUCAUAAGGAUCUUGUUGAGUGGAGAAAGGGUGUGUCUUGUUACAAGGCACUUUGUCGUUUUCUGUUGAAAGUUCAACCUUUGAUUGGGAUAUGGGUUCAUCAGAAUCCGGAGCUAGGGAACGUUGUGUAUGUGAUGCCUGGUUUUGUUUCUGUUGUUGGUUGUAGGAUUAUUCCUCAAGAGGUUGGGCCGUUAGGUAUGGAGGACGGUCCGAUUCUAUGGGCGUCUGUUUUUGAAGUUGUUGCUGAUUUUGAUGGUUCGACGAUGUUUUUCCUUCAUGGAAGGGAGAAGGGUGUUGAUUAUGUUUAUCCUGGUUUGGCUAAGUCGAUCGAUAAAUUUUGUAAUGUAUUGUUGCUCGAGGUUGAGCCGGAGAAAUAUAAAAAAGAUGGUUCUUUGUUGCAGAGUAAGAGUUUUGUGCAUUCGUCGGGUUUGGAGUUGUCUAGGAAGGUUGGUAGGUCAAAUAGUGAUAUUUGUAGGGCAAAAAUUGCGAGUGAGGGAAAUGUUAGUUUUAGCAAAUUAGCUUUUUCUGAUAGAAGUAAGUUGCUUGAGGUUACUACUAGCCAAGUUCGACAAAAGGUUUCGGAUGCGUUGAUAGGACCGUUGUUUCCUAGGUUGAGGGAUGAUGAGGAGAAUUUUCAGAAAGAUUUGGUGCUCUUGAGAGAAAGAACAGUAGUCCUUAGACAAAUGUACAGGCUUUGUUGUAGUGAGAAUGAGAUUGACUAUAAGGCAAAUUCACAAGAGGUAGACUUCGAUGAUAAACCUUCCAGGGCCGUGCCUGAUUCUCUGUUUGAGGAGGAUGGUGGCGCACAAUGCGUCAAGAGAAAAGGAAUUCGCGGAUAUUUCUGGAAUAGUCUUAAACAUAUUCUAGGAAGAUCAAAUUCAGUUAAUGACAGUCAUUCGGCUUCCAGGAAGCUUACUACAAGCGGUGAGAUUAGGCAUGCUAGACUUCAAGAGUUUCUUAGAUCGAGUGAAUCGAUAAGGCUAAACUUGAAUGCCUCAAAUAUGAAACUAUCCUCUUAUAGAGCAUGGCCGAAUAUGCAUGAUAGUAGGUAUGCACUUUACAAGUUACCUUUGCGAGUUCCCGGUGCUGACCAAGAAUAUGCUGGAUUAUGGGGAGGUGCUUUUGGUUGGCCUCCAGGGAAGCCUUCCGAAGACAAAUCUGGAAAGGCUUUGUUUUUUCUUCUCCUCUCUUAUGAGGAGUUUCAGGGUCAACAACUUCUCAUUGCAACCAAAAUAUUGGAAGGCACACACUAUGUCUUGCAUCCUAAUGGUUCAGCAAUGUUUAUAGCCAACAUCAACGAAUCUUCAUCGGAACCUUUUCCUUGGAACACUGAUGCAGAUUCAUUGCCGGUGAAUAUCAAGCAUGCUUUCACCGGAGAGGGUAUUGCAAAUGGUUACGGGUUUAGAUAUCCUGGAUCAAAGCCGGGCUCGCUCUUUGUUUUUCAUAAUGGCGUAAUUGCAUUCAUUUGGAAGGAAUCAAGGGCUGUGUUGACCUUGCAAAGACUUAACUUGCAAGAACUUUUGAAGAAGGGUGAAAGGAUACCUUCUCUGCUUCCCGUUGCCAAUUUUUCAUAUCUGACAAAGUCCUACUCGAAUGUGUUUGCCGGCAUUCCCACCUCUUCCAAUUCUUUGUCUUCGCCAAGGAAAGGACGAUGCUAG